AUGUUGCUACUAGCUUGCUGUGUACUGUUGUUCCAGCUUACAGGAAUUUCUGGUAGUGUCAGUGGCAGUGACUUCUCCCACGUUGGAUCCGAGGAGCUGCAGCAGUUCAAACAGUGUGUCCGUGGAGUCAGUGGCCAGCGGCCAAGACUGACCGAGUGCCUAGGACGCUCAGCCCUUAACUUCAUACAGCGUGUCGAGGAGAGUGAUAAUGUUAGUUUUGUGGAGGAUUUUUUGACGGUGAAGAGUGACUCUGCUGCAGCAGGGAGAUCACUGGCCAAUGUGCUGGACACCGAUCCGGUCGACUUCCGAGGUAUACUCGAGAACGCUGGUGCCGUCAUGGGGCAGCGGAGUCUCGAGUGGCACAUGGAUAGUCUUUAUCCGGGACUGAUGUUCAAAAUAGGACCCACAACGGAUGCCAAUAGUGUGGCUGAGUUCGUUCUAGAUGGGGCAGGGGUGCAGGGGGAGCGUCAAUUUGGAUACGAAGAGCCCACAGCUGGUCGUCUCUUGGCCAAGCAGUAUCUUUUGCCCUUUCUGCUGGGCCUGAAGUUCAAUCUGGUGGCUCUGGUGCCUCUGCUAUUUGCUGGGAUCUGCUUGCUGCUGAAGAAGUCUCUGUUCUUGGUUAAGCUGGCGGUCUAUGUCAGCAGCUUUCUGGGCUUUGGCGGUGUCGUCAGCUCUUUGGGUGGCUUGGGUGGCUUGGGUGGCGGUCUUGGCGGCUUCGACAGUUUUGGAGGUGGUUCGAACUUUGGAUUCCAUGGACAUCGACCUGUUGGCCACUUUCCCGGUAAGACGACGGUCUUUGGCCAUGGGGACGAGCUCCAUCAUCAGCACCAGCAGCAGUACGAUGUGCAUGAGGCGUCACCAUAUCGUCGAAGCGAGCGCAAAGUACGUUUCGAGCAGCCCCGGGCCGCAGAGACUUCGUCGCCUGCCCCUAACCCUCAUCCACCCACCGAAGAUCGUUUCUAUGACUUUGAACACCAGCACAGGCCGAGCAAUAAGCUCCUGGCGGCCAGUGUGGAGCAAGAGGCUGCCGGCUCGGCGGACACCUUGAUGCGAAACUUCCACACCGCCAGCGUCUCCGCAGGCAUGCAGGGCUGGCAGGCCCUGGACGUGUGGCAUUGCCUGGGCUCCGAAAGUGAGCGAUUGCUGGAGACGGCUGCUCGGGACAACAGCACCUGGCGGAUCAACGACUAUCUGAGCAUAGAGCCGCCACCGGAGGAAGUGGCUGCUGCCACUCAUGCUCAUGGAACAGACCGUAGCGAUAGCGGAGCGGUACGGGAAUCAAGUGCGUCAUCUGGCUUUGCUGGCAAGCUGCUUCAGUUGGUACAGGGACGGGCUCUGCGUGUUCAACUUCCCAGGGAGCUGACGAUAUCGAAUGCCAUCGACGACUUUGGCACUGAACUGGGCUUUGAUCAAGGUCGCAAGAAGAAGGACAAAGAUAAGCACAUGGCCAUGAUGGGCGGAAUGAUCAUGAUGGCUACCGUGGCCCAAAUGUUCCUCGGGAAGGUAAUCCUCAUCGCCGGCUCUGCCUUCAUUAUGGCAAAAAUAGCCCUCAUCAUAUCACUGCUGGGCAGUUUAAAAAAGGGAUCGAGUGGCCACAGUGGUAGUAGUAGUCCGGAGCACGUGAUCGUCACCGGCUCGGGAUCGGGCUCCGGACACAGCCAUGAAAGCGGCUGGCACCGCAGCAUGCCCACUCACGUUUACAGCUCUAGCCAGCUGGAGCAGAUUGAAGAGCCACCAGCCCAUGCCCAUGAUCAGGGAUACUAUGCCUACGAGAUGGAAACCCGGAAGCGGCGCCAAUCCAACCAGCCCCAGCUGGAAGAGAAG